UUACUGAUUCUGGUCUUUUCUGUAGCCGUCAAGAUCAAGAAAAACAAGGAUAAUGUGAAGUUUAAAGUUCGUUGCAGCAGGUACCUGUAUACCUUGGUCAUCACCGAUAAGGAGAAGGCUGAGAAACUGAAGCAGUCCCUGCCCCCUGGUCUGGCAGUGAAGGAGCUGAAAUGAAGCGACACGCUGAUUUGAACUGUAUUAAAAUUUUUUAAAUUUUAA